CUCUUCCCAGCGUCUUCCCUCUCCCUACCGUCUACUGGAGCUCCGGGUCGUGAACUUUUUCUUCCUCGUUCCGUGCAUUGAUUGCAGUGACUGGUUGGGGGCUGCGCAGAGCUCACGCUCCAGCGGACAGUUCAAAUGUCUUCCCGAUUCGGCAAUUAGUCGCGGCUUCCGCUGCCUGGAUGUCGCUCGUGGCUUUUCGCGCACUUCUGGAAUUAUUUAUGAGCGGAUCAUGCGCGCGCUCUCCUCUCCCGCUUCCUUUUCCACUCCUCGCGCGCGCCACCGUCAGCACCGACGAUUAUGUCUCGCUCUCUUCGAGUGCCCACUUCGCUCAUUUCCAGAGUCGACCCACGCGCGUUCCAGUCGUGCCUUCUGCAUCUGGUGCUUGCGUUCUCGGCCUUGACUGUAGUCGAGGUUGUUGUGCUGAAGUGUAGCACCUCGAUAUCUGCGCAGGAGUCCUUCCUGCUGUCGAUGGUUGUUUGCUUCUCUGUUGACUCGAUUGUGGGUCUUCUCGUCCUGAGAUUCCUGUCUUCUCUCUUCCUUCCCGAGAACGUCGAGCGCUCUCGCUCUGUGCGACGCCUACUUCGACGCUCUCGUCGACUUUGCCGACGGAUUGCUCGCCUUUUCUCGCGGUUAGGGAAUAAGCUUGAAAGACACAUUUGAGACUCGGGAAGCGGCCUGGAGGAGUUUACCGCUGCGUUUCUCACGUUCUGCGAGGCGUCGGAGAGCAAUGACGUAACUCGGAUGUGUUUCGGUUCAGGUUGAUCUUCACGUCUCGAAGGUGCGUGGAGCUUGAAGCGUGAAGAGUCGUCGCCAUGGGAAGAAGCCCCGGCUCUCGUCUCACUUCUGUCUCGGACUCGGUUCCUCCUAGGGCCGAGGCCACGUGAGGGCAGUCGAAGGAUGCCAAUUUCCCGAGAGUGAUGUUCCUCUUGGCGCCUGCUGCAGCUACUGGCUUUUCUCACGUUGUCCCAACUGCUUCAUCCGCCCCUCUUUUGUCCUUCUUCCUCGGUGAGACCUCUGGUUCGCUGCUCGAAGUGCCGGAAGUCUGGUCCCAAACGACUCUGCGAGCGCACCAGCAUUGUGGAUUUGGUCCAGGUUUUCCGUAGACUGGGCUUCUAAGGUUUUUUCUCAAUCUAAAGUGACGAGACGGGACCAUGGGCAAGCAGCAGAAUCGUGCUCGGAAGGAGCCCAGCCCCGGAAAGAAGGUUUCAGACGUCGAAGCUGCGUACGUGGUUCAAAGCUAUCUGAUAGAAAAACAAUUCACGAAAACUCUCGUGGACUUCCGAGUCGACGCCGCCUCGAUACUGAAUUCGUUGAAGAAUGCACCACCCGCAGUACGAAGUUUGACGACCAUACUAAAUGAUUUUGUGACCCUGAGGGAAAAGCAGCAGGCUCUUCAGGAGGAAAACUCUAGGUUAGAACGAUGUCUGAAGGAAGCUCAACAACUCAUGCAUCAAGAGAGAUCCAGAAUGAGUUCUCUUGUGCAAGGAGUGUACGAGUCUCUCGCUGCCUUCCAGUCAGGUUCUGGUGCCCAUGGCACUUUAGCUCUACCCUCAAUGUCGAGUACUCCCACCCACACAGCCGCCAUCAUGCAAGCCGGUCACAACACCCCGCCUGGUGCGGGUAUGGUGGCCUCCAAAUCACCUGGUGUUGUCAAGGAAAUCAGCUCUGUUUCUGCUUCCAACAAGAGGAAAACUGCUUUGAACAGGACGCCACAGGAUUCUCCUAGCCUCGACGCACCGGCCGCCAAAGCGAUUGCCACGAAGAAACCACGUCAAACUGGUCAAGUUUCAGGUCCUGUCCAAGGUGGACCACCUUCACCGUGGAUGUGCGGCAUGGUGCGCAAAACCUCAAUGCAUAUGGUGCGACCCGUGGUUCCAAUACUUCAACAGCAUGAAAUGUGCAUUCCUCCGCUGGCAUCGAAGGCGCAGCAGUCAGGACGAUCAGUGCCCUCUCCUCGCAGCAACGGUCCAUUGGCAAAUUCUCAAUCUAAGCGACCUGCAUCCAGCGAUGGAAGUCUUCCAACGUUGCAAAAUGACCAGCAGAGCUUGUCAUCAGCUCUUCCCACCGUCCCUUGUGAAGAAUCUGGCCCAGCAAGCGCAGACAAAGAUCAGGCAUGUGGUCAGGAUCCCCACACUCCACCUCGUAACUCUACAAACACAUCUUGUGCCGAGCAGUUGCCCAUUCACUUGCAGAGCCCUGAAGGUAGCGCUCACAAUCCGCAUGUUAUCAUGACUCUGCCAACCACAUAUAGCUGUACACCCCCGUCGGCACUAGAAGAUCAGUCACCGAAUCAUCCACGCGAGGAGAGGAGUGCCGAUGUACAGUUGGUUUCGGAAUCUAGUAGGCAAUCUACUCCUGACAGUAUCGGUAGUGACAGUACGAGGGAACAGUUCCACUUCAAGAAAGUGCCUUCCAGAACGAUGCGACCGCUACAUUUCAGUGAUUCUACACCCAGCGCUCAGAUUGCAUCACCGGCGAGUCAAUGUUCGCCGCCAACGAUGUCCCCAGCACCCACGGAGUGUGAAGACACAUCUACAGGUGCGCAAGCGGAGGAGACUUCUGAACACUCUGCGACAGACCUCUUUCUGAUAGAUGACAUACUAGCGAGCUUGGACGAUGCGUCCUUUUCAUCCCUCGUUGGCGACAUGCUUGGGACAGAAGAGAUUACCAUGAAUGAUAUGGUCUCCAACUCUCAAACAUACGGCGAUGUAGAUUUCUCGAAUAUUCAAAACGUGACAGAGAGGCCUUCUGUUGGUGAAGACAGCUUUGGGUUCCAGUGCUUGUCAGAUGCAGGGAAGUGUGAGAAUGCAACAGAUCCGUUGGUCAAGGGUCUGGUGACUCAAGACGAUGAUGUUAAGUACAGCGGUCCUUCGAUCAGCACCAACGCCACUCAAUGCUCCUCAUCUCGACCUCUUGGCAUUCUCUCCGCGAGAGAUGCCAAUCAAACUUCUCUGGGAAGCAGCCCCACUAAACGCGGUUCUGCGAAUAGACCCUCUUCAAAGCGAGAAAUGAAAUCAAAGCAAGCCUUUGGACAAGAGAACAUCCCACUUCAAGAUUUAGGCCAGACUUUAGACGUAGCCAACAGUUAUAUCACAUGAUUAGCACGAGUAGUACCUGGUGUAACCGGGUAAAUUCAUUGCAAGUAGACACACUUUGCUGGAACGACUCUGUUAGCGGAUGGUGAAGCCUCCUGUGAGUUGUGAGAUCUGCUGAGAGUCUAGAGUCGUGCAAAGAAUCUAGCGAAGUAGAAAAUUACAUGGACCCUUUUUGUAGGUAGCUGUAUAAAAUUCGGGUAUCCAUUGCGGUAGAUAGUAUUAAAAGCGCGGAAGUCGUAACCUUUAUGAUGGUUACUUAUUCACGUCUUGUCAGCAAGCCGUCCAAACGUAUUAGCAGCUCAUUCUUUUACUUCUUUGACUAUACUUUUGUGCUGUACAAAACGAAGGGCGAAUGCCGUUCACAACAAUUUGACACGCCAGCCUACCCAACAAGC